UUUAUUUUGUCAGAUAAAUAUUCUAGAUUUGGAUUCCCGUAAUUGAUUUCCUACUCUUAUACAUUUUAUUAUCACAUUUCAUAAAUACAUAUAUACAUCAUAUAUAUAUUCUAUAAAAGGUUUAUUCAUUAUUUAACAUUUUAAGUAGUGUUAUAAAUAAUUUAAUGUCAGAAUUAAAUAUUUAAACUUGCUUAAUUUUCUAUUUCAUAUAAAUAAAUUAUGAUGGAUUUUUCAACAAAUGAUUUAUUAGAAGAAGUUCUAAAACUUGAUGUUGUAAAAAAUUUGAAAGUUUCGAUACAAUCUUCUAUCAAAUAUGGAAUAAUCGUCGGUUUAUCAACAAUUGUUAGUGGUAUACUUGGUGGACCUAUUGGACUAGCAGUAGGAGGUACAGUCAGCAGUCUUAUAACAACUUAUGUUGCACAAAAUGAAUUUAAAUCUGUUCCAUAUAUUAUUUGGAAUGAAACUACUCCAGAACAAAGAAAAAAAUUAGCAGAAUUAAUAAUUAAUUUUCUUAAUUCAAAAAAUAUCAAAAAACUUACAGAUUUUGUACUUUCUCUACCCAAUAAUAUUUCAUUACAAGAAGGAUUAAUACAAAUAUUAAUAUUAUUUUUAUCUUCUGAACUAAAUAUGUAUGUGAAACAAUAAAAAUAAUGUAAGAACAAUAUAUAUUUAGAAACAAA